GCUAUUCAGAUGGUUCACAUGUCAAGACCACAGUUACACUUGAACUGCGUCCCCUCACAUGACCUUGCCAGUGUGGAGACUUUGCUGAUUUGAAAAUAUUAUGGUUGUAGAUCAAUGCUAAUCAUUGGCCCUUUGUUCAGUGCUUUAAACCACUGUCAGUGUGGUACGUUCCCGCUUCGUUGUGGUUCGGUAAACAUCAUCCACAGGACGCUUCAAGCAAAACAAUGGUCUUUCGCCCUGCCACUAACACUGCAGCCAGAGAUAUAAAGGUGCUCGAGAUGGACAGCAGAACUCCCAGCACACUCUCAUCUUCUUCCCUGUAUCUUUCGAACUACCAUUCUCACUAUGUCGGAACAAACUUACUCUGAAGUCGAUGCCCUUUUGCAAGAGUUCCAGAAUUUGCCACUCGGCGAAACAGACGCAUUAUUUGCGAACACUGAACUUGGAACAACUUUCGUCAACGACCAGCUAGGCGAAAUCUUCAUUGCGUUUUUGUCCCAGUUCUUUACGCCAGACAUAACAACAUAUCGCUCCACUUGUGAUAGCCUAAUGCCUCUGAUUAGCCUGGCGCUACUUGCUGGGAAAACUCGCCAGCUGCUUUUAGAUAUCUUGGAGCUUGCCGAUGUGAUGUUCGAGAGUUCUGUGAGCGCCUCUCUGACACUCCAGGAGGGCUUCGACCCACAGUACUUUGUGCCGACGCACUCAAUCGCCCGAAUACGCUUGAUUGACAUCAUUAACCAAUGCCUCACGUCUCCACACGAUUCAAGCGACAUCCGCUCUGAACUCCUGGCUCUGAGAUCGAAUAUUCAAGAGCGAGAGAAUCAGGCAAAAGCUGCCUUGCUUGCUUCCGAUAUCCAGUGGAUUCACGAUCUAGCUGAAAUUUGGCCUGAGUUCAAAGCAUUGGACCCCUCAUACACCUCUACUGAGGCUUUUCCAAACCCAACCGCCCAACUCGGACCGAACUCGGCUAUGAAUAUGGGAAACCCGCGAGUGUCCGAGUUGACGCGCCUUAUGGGAGCGUCUCGACAUCUAUCUACCCUAUCUACAACAUCUUCACGCCCCAUCAAGAGUCUCCCUGCACGAGGUGCCUCGGUUGCCCGCAUGCGAUCACUUUCCGCGAUGCUUUCUCCUCGAGUUUCAGAUCGCGUGCUGUCCGCGCUUGGGACGGUCGCUGAAGAAGAGAUGCAAGUGGACUGAGAUCGUAUUUGUAUCGCAUUUUAUCGGUCUCGGCAUAGUCUCAGCAUAUCACGCAAAUAGUAUAUCUGUAAAUAUUGUAGCAUCACAAACAUCUCGAACAUUCGUGGGGUAGCAUAUAUCAUAGUUCUGAAAGGUUGUAUAUACUGGUCAUUUAUAAUUAUCGAGAGAGACGUGGUAUAAUGGA